ACUUUAUCUUGAAAUUGGAGUUUAUCCCAAAAAAGUACUUCAGAUAAAUAAUCUCAUUAGGCAACUUAGCGAAAAUAAAAGGGAUUUGAUAUUCAAGGAAAUAAAACAUUAGUCAAUUUGAGUAGGUAUAUAUAUCUUAAAGAUUUCACCAUUAGCCAGAAGAAACUUAUCGCAGAUUGGGCUAGAUAUUUUUGAAAAAACUCUCAUUAAAAAUGGUUUUUAAAGUAUCCCUUUUGUGUACACUGCUGGUGUUAGUUGCUUAUUCUAGUGCAUACGAUUACAGCAAUUGUCCUGGAAAUACCAACAGACAAAAAAAUCUGAUAUACAGCUCUUUACUGCCACCAGGAUAUAGCGUGAAAACUCGUAUCCCAGCAACUGGAUAUUACCAAAGACCUAUCACCUGCUUACUGGUAAGACCUAAGAAUUAA